CAUAGCAACUUACACAAAUUUCUUUUUUACUUCGUCACAAACAAAUUCACUACAAAAUGACCAACUACGAGCAGAUCGCCAAGGAGGCCGAGAUGGACCUCAACACCUACCAGGCCAAGACCGGCAACGCCCGUCCUCAGGAUGUUGAGGGCGCUGGUGUUAACCCCCAUGCUGAGAACAAGUUUGAGAGCGCUCAGGUGGAGUUUGGCGAUGAGCUGAGCACAAACGCCGGCUACAACAAGCGCAUUCCCCCAAGCGAGGGUGGCAUCGUCGACGACAAGGGCCGACAAACCCGUGGUCAGCACUACGAGGGCGAGGGCGGCCCUCUCGACAAGCUCUCCAAGGCCAACGACGAGCGCGGCGGUUACAACGACAACGAUGUUGUCGGCGCCAACGUCAAGAAGACCUCCGGCCUCGGAGCCGCUGACGAUCUCGCCUCAAAGGGCCAGGAAGCCCAGCGCGCCAACGUAGGCCGCAACCCUCCCGGCCCCGGUGGCUCUCAGUUCAAGGGCGAGGAUUACUACCAGCCUGAGAGUGUUCCUGACAGCAUCUCUGCUGAGGGUAACAUUGCUCCCGAGAGCGUGAUUGAGGCUAGCCGAGAAGCUGAGCGACCUUGAACGAAACAAAAAUGGAAUGGAAUGGAAUGUAUGGUACGGAUGGGUUAAUAGCGGGCGCCUGUAUGAUAUGAUAUGUUCAUAAUUUGAACCGCCAUGAUUU